AUGACUGUACCGCCGGCAAGCGCCAAAGACUCUAUGAAGUCGACUUGGCGCACCUGGGACCGGAAAAGCUGGAACCACAACCACUGGAUUCUAUAUGCCAUCAACCCGUUCCAUCGCGACCUGGACCGAGAGGUUCCUGUCCACCCCAUGACGGACAAGGUUCCCAACGUCAGCACAACCGAUCAGCACGUAUGGAUUUUGCUCCACGCAGCGGUUGUCUUGGCCGUUCACCAGACCUGGCUGUCCGUUACUGGAAUUCAGCUGCCUUUCCUUGCCGCCGUUGGCUACUACACCGCAGGGUUCCUGUGGGUUGUCGUUCAUCAACUGCACAUCAUUCGAAGACUAGGGCACAUAUACGGCUUCUUGGAUGGAGAGAAUGAGCGUGAUGGCAUCCCUGACUCUGGUGUCGCUCGAGUUCUUGGUGCUGGUUGGAAGACGGCAGGCGGACGCAUGCUCCUGGCUGUCUACCUAACCUAUAACCAGGCGUCAUCGCCGCUGCACGACAUGAGCUCGCUGUCCUGGUGGGCCUGGCUUCCGUUCCAAAUCGGAAUGUACGGCGUUGUUCUGGAUUUCUGGUUCUACUGGUAUCAUCGGGCCAUGCACAGCGUCAACGGACUCUGGCAGUUCCAUCGGACACACCACUUGACCAAGCACCCAAACGCCAUGCUAUCCGCGUACGCCGACGACGUCCAAGAGUUCUUCGACAUGGUUGGCAUCCCGUUCUUUACCUACCUGACAUUUAUGGCCCUUGGGAUUCCGCUUGGGUUCUACGACUGGUUCGUCUGCCACCAGUACACUGCCUUCACCGAGGCUGGCGGCCACAGCGGUCUGCGACUCAACAUUCAGGCCGCUUCUACCUUCAGCCCCAUCCUAAACUACUUCAACGCGGAGCUGAGAAUUGAGGACCACGAUCUGCACCACCGCAAGGGCUGGAGAAAGAGCCACAACUACGGAAAGCAAACCCGUGUGUGGGAUCGCCUGUUCGGUACGUGCCAUGACCGCAUCGAGCUGAGCAACGACAACAUCGACUACACCAACCAAGUUCGAAUUCCUAUUUUCUGA